UUUUUAAUUCUUCUCUCAAAGAAGAGAAAGAGAAGGUUUCCUCUUUUUCCGUGUUUUUCAUUUCAGUCGUCAGUCUGGCGAUUGCUUUGACCGUGUUCACUGCUCUCUCACUGGUUUUCGCGUGCUCCUCCACUGUAUCCAUCUAUGCAUACAUCCAUCCACGCUACCAUCUCUCUCUCGUUCUCUCUCUCGUUCUCUCUCUGUAGUACGAUGAGUCCAACCAAAUAUGUGGGUCAACAAUCAUUGACUGAAUAGUGAGUGGGUGAGGAGCAAACUUGGCUUCAUGUGAGACAUAUCUCAAAGUGUGAGAGGGCCUCGUGCAGCAACAACCAACACCACUAACAUCACGCCCGCGGUUCGACAAUUCGUCUCGAGCAUGUAGUAAACCGGGCGUGGCGCUGACCAAAUGUCAUGAUAGAAAGUGAAACAGUCUCGUGUUUUCCCUCGUUUACCAUUAUCACUUCACAUGGACCACCACCGGUUUGUAGCGAGACCUCCUUCCUCCUAACACUGUGUCGAGGCUACCGAGUCUCUUUCUAGUCAAGAAACCAGCACCGUCAUUGCUCUACUGUGCUGUGCUCCUGGGACUGUUCCAUCCAAGAAGAUGCCUUCUCUUCGUCUCCGUCCCAAGUUCUAUUCAAUCACAAGUCAUGUCACCUUUGCUCUCAUUUUGAGCUACAUCGUUCCUUCACACGCAUUGGACUGGGUGUCCAGUGUGUCCAAUCGUGAAUCCAAUGUCCACGACGGCUCGAGUUUAUUCCUGAACCUGGCCAAUACUGGUCCUGAUGGAUUGUUGCGUGACUAUUCGACUGUCCGCGAGGAGAAGAAGUCCUCGGCCUCAGAGGUGUUUUCAGAUCACACUCCGAUUGUGAGCAGCUCCGUGACUCUGAUUGAUCCCGGGUUGGAUGCUCGCAAAGAGAUUGCCACUUACAAUCUGUUCAUGGACGCCAUCUUCUUACGAAUGAAUGCGGCCAUUCGUUCCAAAAACUUGGAUCCCAUGGAUCUCAAACUUUUGCCCAAUCCCAAGCCAAGUUCGCCACGCAUGAAGGAGGAGACCGAGCAAGAAGCCGAUAGUCGGAGAAGAACCACCACCGAAUCUAUUCUCAUAUUGUCCACACCAAUCGCUACGACCACGACAACAACAACUGAAAGGCCCCAUUUUGCGCCCAUUCUUUCCGAGGAGGACGAUCAAGAGCUUUUUGAGCACAAUAAUAACGUAGACACGACCGGCAACAGCACUAUGAAUGCCGAGGAAGAGUCGGUUGCCGCCACAGCUGCCAAGAUCCGAGGCUGGUUGUACGGAAUGUCCACUUUAAAACGCUCAGGGGAUGUGUCCAUCUUCAUUCGAGAGAAUUAUCGCACCAUCCAAUGUCCUUUCGCAUUAGGACCUUUGGAAUUGAAAGUGUCCAAAACCGUGGGCACGGGCAAGGCCAAGCGAACCAAGUCGGCCACGGCCAAAACCGAUCGGAUGCUCGGCCUUAUGGACUUGAAGAUUGAUCGUAUCAACGGCGAAGCCGAAAUCACCAAUGUGUUUUUCGACGAACUCGGCGGAGUCGAUCUCCAAGGGAACCUAAGACGCAGGGCAGACACCGGGAAGGUUGAUCAAAAGCAAUCCAAGUACAGAUUAGUUUUGGCCUCGAAAGCGGCAUUGAGUAUCAAGAAAGUUGCUCGCCUCGUGGUAUCUUCACCCACGUUACUCAGAACCAGAAAAGGACCGAUAUCCCAGAGAUCCGAGACCUGGAAAAGGAAGAGCAAGAGAAGCAGGAACUGGAGAGGGACAGAGACCACCACCUCCUCAACCACCGCCAAAGCCUUCGCCCGAGAAGAUUAGUUUUCACAUUGAGGCAUUUGGGGAUAAACGGAGAAGAAGAAGAUGAAUCUAUCGAAGGUCAUGGAUACAAAAGGCUUGAAGGCCAUCCUAUAAACGCUAUCCAAACGUGAGGCCAACAGAGGCCAAAAUGUGACACAUGAACGAAUCGGAACCGAGCGAAACGAGGGUGAAUGAAUCUUUUCAACGGAUCUAACCCGAUCGGGUACGGGAGAAGCGGUGCCAAUAUUCUUCCUUUUGUGCUCGUCUAGCUCGAGAAUAUAAAACCUAAAAUCUA